AUGACAAAUUUUACUGUGAUAACUAUCGUGACACUCAGUUGUUUGACUGUGGCUUUGGGUCAAGCACAACUGCUGGAUCAGCUGAACUACUUCGCCAGCCAAAGUCAAUAUGCUGCCCAAGUAUAUUCGCAACUACAGGCACCAUUCUCUAUGGAAAAUGUUAUGGUCAACAGCUUGGAGACUGCAAUGCAAACAUGCCAAAACAGUUUCAAAUGGGAACGUUGGAAUUGCCCCAGCUCCGAUUUCUUUCUAAGACGCACAUCGAAAUCUUUAUCCUUGGAUCGUGAAGACUCAUAUAUCAAUGCCGUAACUACAGCUGCCGUCUUGUACACCAUCACCAAAAAUUGUUCCAGUGGCAUUAUAGCUGGAUGUGGUAGUUGUUCCGACAAUCCCUACAGCUCCCAAUGCUCGGACAAUCCAAAGGCAGCCGAACAAAUGCUUAAACAACAUGUCAGUACCGAAUUUGCUGAUGAUUUCUACGGUAAAAUAUCGAAGCACAACUACAAGGCCAUCACCAACUUGCUGGAGAAGUCCCUGAUCAAACAAUGUGGCUGUGCUGUUUUGGGUCCCAACGGUUUGUGUGCCAAAGAAAUUUGCCUCCAAGUACUCAAGCCUUUCGAAGACAUUGCUGUAGACAUACGUCAGAUGUACGACGAAGGUCUCCAACUAAGCAACACUCCCGAAAACUCACGCAUCAUGUGGGACAAUAUUCCUUUGGAUGCUUUGGUUUAUAUGAAGGAUUCGCCCAAUUACUGCGAACCCGAUGCUGUACCCCACUGGAAUGGUAUGCGAGGUCGUCAAUGUUCUACCGGCACAAAUGGUGAAAAUCUCUCUGAAGAAGAACGUACACGCUGCCGCUACCUUUGCCGUGCAUGUGGUUACACGGUGCGUCCCAAAAAUGUUGUCACCGAAACUCGCUGCAACUGUAAAAUCACGUGGGGCUUUCAAGUUCAAUGCGAAAAGUGUGUUACAGUUCAAAGACAAUACUACUGUUACUAACUGAAUGUGCACAUGCCUUCAAUAUCGCUGGACGAAACGUUAACUUUCUGGAAAUGCCAAACACCUGAAAAUAAU